AUGGAUGUUAUGAAUAUAGGAAAGAAAAUUAAUUCAGCUAUAUCCGAUCCCGUAGCACGAAAUGAAGCUCGACAUUAUAAUCUUCGUACACGUCUCGCUUUUUUACCUGAUCAAUAUAUUGGUGAAUCAUGGUUUUUUCGCCUAUUAACAUUUGUUUAUUAUUAUUUUUUCAUUUAUUUUCAUGGAUUUGAAAUUAAAGGAAUAGAAAAAAUUGAUCCUGAUCGAGGUUGUCUGUUUAUUGCUCGACAUUCAACACAUAAUGGUGAAAUAGUGGGAACGGUUGUAUGCGUCUAUCAUAUGACAGGUCGAGUUAUGCGAUCUCUAAUUCAUCGAUAUUUAACUCCAUUUUUUCCAAUUUUACGAUUGAUGGGUUCUGUACCCGGUGAACCAAAAAGUGCUUUAUCAUUGUUGAAAAGUGGAUUUUGGGUGGCUGUUGUACCGGGUGGAGCAGAGGAAGGAAUGGUUGGUCAUGAAAAUGCAUAUAAAGUAUGUUGGCCUAAAAAACGAAAGGGUUUUGCUUAUAUUGCUACACAAGCUCAAGUACCAAUUGUUCCUCUUUUCUUAUCUAAUGUUGAUGAAAUGCGCUGGAAUCCAACACUUUGGCUUUGGAAUCGUUUAGGACUUGGCCGAUUAUUUGCCUAUAUUAUCGACUUAAAUAUUCCAUUUAUUAGCCAUUUCAUAAUUUUAUUAGCGUCCACUGCAUGGUUUCUAGUAACAUUUAUUCAAAUACCAAUUCCAGCUAAAAUAACCUUACAUAUUGGUGAUCCUGUGCAAUUUGAUGCAUCACAAGAUCCAAUUGAUGACGUUGUUGAACAGGCAAAACAAGAUUUACAAGCGUUAAUUGAUCGUCAUCAACCCUAUGGAAAAUCAUAUACCAAUGCUGUCAGAGAGAGAUUUGAAUGCUUAAUCCAAUAUUGGAGAAAAAGAAUCAUGUAA